AUGACACGAGCGCGGGAUGCUGCAGGACCGAGCUCAUCCUCAAUGACCCCGAGCUUUCUUCACUUUAUCCUAACUAUAUCAGUGAUGCUGCUGGUCCCGGUUCAGCCAGCAGCAGCUCAUCCUCAAUGCCUGGACUUCGAGCCACCUUUUAAACCUCUGUGGCAUCUGGAGUUUUGUAAGCAGUACGAGACUUUUGGCUGCUGCGACCAGGAAACGGACAACCAGAUAGCAGAGAGAUACUGGGACAUUAUUGACCAUUUGGACAUAGCAGAUUAUGAGCUUUGUGCAGAUAUGUUGAAAGAAGUCAUGUGUCAGGAGUGCUCUCCGUAUGCUGCCCACCUCUUUGAUGCCGAGGACCCGUACACACCUGUCCGAGAGCUACCCGGCCUUUGCUUUGGUUUCUGCUCUGAGUUUCAUGGUAAAUGUCGGCAUGUGGUUAAAUAUUUAACUGCGAACCAGCGGCUGCAGGACACCUGUGAGCGAGACGUGUUCACAUUCUGCCACAUGGUCGACCUGUCCGACCAGGACUACUGCUACCCCAAUGUGCUGAAGAGCCCCGACCUCACCGGCAACCUGGGGCAGGUGGUGGAGGACCCCAGAGGGUGUCUCCAGCUGUGCCUGACUGAAGUGGCCAACAAUCUGAGGAACCCUGUGUUGAUGCUGCACAGCAAUGACGACACACACAGGAUGUUCAUCGCAGAGCAGGUGGGCUUCGUUUGGGUUUACCUGCACGAUGGCAGCCGGCUGGAGCAGCCCUUCCUGGACCUGACCGGGGAGGUGCUCACCACACCUUGGCUAGGGGAUGAGAGGGGCUUCCUGGGUAUGGCCUUCCACCCAAAGUACCAAGACAACGGACGCUUCUUCAUCUACUACUCCAUCCAGGUCAACAGUGGGCCGGAGAAUAUCAGAGUCAGUGAGAUGAAGGUGUCUGCCUACGACAUGAAUAUGGCUGAUCCUUACUCCGAGAGGGUCAUUAUAGAGAUUGAGGAACCUGCUGCAAACCACAACGGAGGCCAGCUGCUGUUUGGUCUGGAUGGAUAUUUGUACAUCUUCACUGGAGACGGUGGGAAAGCAGGAGAUCCGUUUGGGAAGUACGGCAAUUCACAAAACAAGAGUGCUCUCUUGGGAAAAGUCCUCCGCAUCGAUGUGGAAGGAAGUGACUCCAGUGGGAGGCAGUACAGGAUCCCGCCUGAUAAUCCAUUCCUUGGGGCCCCAGACGCCCGACCAGAGGUGUUUGCAUACGGCGUCAGGAACAUGUGGCGAUGUUCUGUGGAUCGUGGAGACCCGGUCAGCCGCUACGGCAGAGGUCGGAUAUUCUGCGGUGAUGUUGGUCAAAACCGCUAUGAGGAGAUUGACAUCAUCGUGAAGGGAGGAAACUAUGGAUGGAGAGCCAAAGAGGGAUUUGAGUGCUAUGAUAUGAAACUAUGCCAAAACUCAUCCUUGAGUGAUGCUUCUCUCUCCUCCACGACAGAUGACAUCCUCCCUAUAUUUGCAUACAGCCACCAUGUUGGGAAGUCUGUGACAGGGGGAUAUGUGUACCGAGGAUGUGAAUCACCCAAUCUGAACGGCUUGUACAUUUUUGGCGACUUUAUGAGUGGGCGAAUCAUGGCUUUGGAGGAAGAUAAAAUAACAGGAAACUGGAAAGAGAGGAGUGUGUGUAUGGGAGAAAAAAAAACGUGUUCUUUUCCUGGGCUCAUCAAUCAUCACCACAAGUUUAUCAUCUCAUUCGCUGAAGACGAAGCAGGUGAACUGUACUUUCUGGCUACCGCGUAUCCAAGCACUGCGUCACCUUUUGGAACCGUUUUCAAAUUCAUGGACCCAUCCAGGAGAGCUCCUCCGGGGAAAUGUAAGCAGAAGUUGCUCCCAGUUAAAGUGAGGGGGAAAAAGAUUCCUUUUGUGCCAAAGGAAUUGACUGUGCUGGACACAAAUGAAAAACCUACGAGACCACCACCAAGAAAAUUCAAACUUACCACCAAACCACCUGUGACGAGCAGCCAGGUCAAAACAACGACUGCAGCCAGCACAACCAUGAUGAGCACUGCUUUGAAACUGAAGUGGAAAUCAUUUGAUAAGAAAGUGAGGAAGAAAAAUAAAUUAAAACCAUUGAAGAAAAGCAAAGUUCUCCACGAGCAGACGGCCGACACUCAAAUGAUGGACAACACUUUGACACAGAAAUCCAAGAAACGAAGAGGGGGAAAAGAAAGAAGAAGAAGAAAGAAGACAACCGUGAUAAAGCCUGACAGCGACCAAGUAAACCUCAACUCCAAUCACACGGGCACAGCUAGUUUAAAAGUUAACGCUUUAGAAACUCCCAUGACCCUGAAAAACAACACGGACCUCACAAAGAAGAAGAUUGAUCGAAAAUAG